CCAUCAAUUUUUCUUCAUUUCAAAUUUGUGUUCCAUUCUUUCUCACAGAUGUUUGUACAUGGUCUGUUGCAUUGACACAUGACAUAGUUAUGCCAAUUCACUCUUGAAGCGCCACUGAAACUUAAAUGUUGGCUCAUGCACAGGUUAAAUUCUAUAUGCACUCUAAGCCACACCCUUAUAGAACCACGAGCUUGCAUGAAUGAUUCUGAAUGGAAAGCCAAUGAUUCCAGUAGUGUGGCUCUGGAGAAGUUCAAAAGAGACAGCGUUUACAUUGACAGAAAUGGGAAACUAAGGAACUUCAAUCACAAAAAAGUGUCCAGGAAAAAAUGUGGUUCUUUGAGAGGACGAGGAUGGAAAUACGGUUCUGGGUUUGUUGAUGGGAUUUUCCCUGUGUUGAGUCCAACUGCACAGGAGAUUCUGGAUUUCCUUGAAAAGGGUGUGGAGAGUGAGGGUAUUUGGAGUUCACUGGAAAAGUUUCCAGCCACUCUUGACUUAUGGGAUGAUAUUUUCACUGUGGCUGUUCAACUUCGGAUGAGGAAAAAAUGGGAUUCAAUCAUUUGGAUAUGUAGAUGGAUACUGCUAAGGAGCUCCUAUAAGCCAGAUGUAAUCUGCUAUAACUUACUCAUAGAUGCUUUUGGGCAAAAGCUUUUAUACAAGGAGGCCGAAUCCACAUAUCUGCAGCUUCUGGAGACUCGAUGCAUUCCCACUGAAGAUACCUAUGCCCUUCUUAUAAAGGCUUAUUGCUUGUCUGGGCUACUAGAAAAGGCAGAAGCAGUCUUUGCAGAAACGAGAAAUUAUGGUCUUCCUUCAAGUGCAGUUGUAUACAAUGCUUAUAUAAAUGGGUUAAUGAAAGGAGGAAAUUCUCACAAAGUAGAAGAGAUUUUCCAGAGAAUGAAGAGGGAUGCGUGCAAGCCAACCACUGAAACUUAUACCAUGUUGAUAAAUUUAUAUGGAAAGGCUGGUAAAUCCUUUAUGGCCUUAAAAAUGUUUCAUGAAAUGACCAACCAAAAGUGCAAACCUAACAUUUGCACAUACACUGCUCUGGUGAAUGCAUUUGCGAGAGAAGGACUGUGCGAAAAAGCAGAAGAAGUGUUUGAGCAAAUGCAAGAAGCAGGGCUUGAACCUGAUGUAUAUACUUAUAAUGCCCUCAUGGAAGCUUACAGUCGUGCAGGUUAUCCUUAUGGAGCUGCAGAAAUUUUUUCACUAAUGCAGCACAUGGGAUGUGAACCAGAUAGAGCCUCGUAUAAUAUAUUGGUAGAUGCAUAUGGUAGAGCGGGUUUUCAAGAUGAUGCUGAAGCUGUUUUUGAAGAUAUGAAAAGAGUGGGAAUAACACCAACAAUGAAAUCUCAUAUGGUUCUUCUUUCUGCCUACUCUAAAAUGGGCAGUGUGAACAAGUGUGAGGAGAUUCUCAACCAAAUGUCUAAAUCUGGUCUGAAACUAGACACCUAUGUUCUGAACAGCAUGCUAAACCUGUACGGACGUUUAGGCCAAUUUGCAAAAAUGGAAGAAGUUCUGACAGUGAUGGAAAAAGGAUCAUAUGUAGCUGAUAUCAGUACCUAUAAUAUCUUGAUAAAUAGGUAUGGACAAGCAGGAUUUAUUGAGAGAAUGGAAGAGUUUUUCCAGUUGCUACCUGGCAAAGGUUUAAAACCUGAUGUGGUAACUUGGACUUCACGUAUUGGAGCCUACUCCAAGAAAAAGCUUUACUUGAGAUGCUUAGAAAUAUUUGAAGAAAUGAUUGAUUCUGGUUGCUACCCAGAUGGAGGAACGGCUAAGGUUCUUCUUGCAGCAUGUUCCAACCAAGAUCAGACAGAGCAGGUUACUACUGUGAUUAGAACAAUGCACAAAGAUAUGAACACUGAAUUGCCAGUUUAACUUGUUUGAUCUUUCAGCUGCUACUGUCAAGAAAGUGUUAUACAUACGAUUUUUUUUUUAAUAAAAUGUU